AUUGAACUGAAUCGAGAUCAGCCGAACCGACCCUAGCCUAACCAAGUCCAGUCGAACCGUGCCCAGGCGGGUCCACAACCGCAGCGCAUCCCGCCGGGGCCGAGCCGAGCCGAGCCGAGCCGAGCCGAGCCGAGCCGAGCCGAGCCGAGCCAUGCAACUGGCCCUGCUGGCCCGGCUGCUGUCCGUCGGGCGGGCGGCGCUGGCGGCGCUGCGAGGGCGCCUGUGCGCGCUGUGCUGGAGCCUGGCUCCCCUGCCCCUGCCCCUACCCCUGUCCCUGCCCCUGCCCCGCUGGCGGGACUCGGCCCCCCGGCCGCAGCGGGAGCAGGAAUGGGACAACACGACCCCGACACCCACCAGCGUCAACUACCACUUCACCCGGCAAUGCAACUACAAGUGCGGCUUCUGCUUCCACACGGCCAAGACCUCCUUCGUGCUGCCCCUGGAGGAGGCCAAGCGGGGGCUGGCGAUGCUCAAGGAAGCAGGGAUGGAGAAAAUCAAUUUUUCGGGAGGAGAACCGUUUAUUCAGGACAGAGGCGAAUUUGUAGGCAAAAUGGUCCAGUUUUGCAAGCAGGAGUUGGAGCUCCCAAGUGUGAGCAUCGUUAGCAAUGGCAGCCUGAUCAGAAAGCAGUGGUUCGAGAAGUACGGUGAAUAUUUAGAUAUUCUGGCAAUUUCAUGUGAUAGUUUUGAUGAGGAUGUCAAUGUUUUAAUCGGUCGUCGUCAAGGAAAGAAGAACCAUGUGGAAAAUCUACUUAAACUGAGACAGUGGUGCCGAGAGUAUGCUGUUGCUUUUAAAAUAAAUUCAGUCAUCAACAGAUUUAAUGUUGAGGAAGAUAUGAAUGAGCAGAUCAAGGUGCUCAACCCUGUGCGCUGGAAGGUAUUCCAGUGCCUGCUUAUUGAAGGGGAGAACAGUGGUGAGGAUGCUCUAAGAGAAGCAGAAAAGUUUGUUAUCAGUGAUGAAGACUUUGAUCGGUUCCUGGAUCGCCACAAAGGUGUCUCCUGUUUGGUACCUGAAUCUAAUCAGAAGAUGAGGGAUUCAUACCUCAUUCUGGAUGAAUAUAUGCGUUUUCUAAACUGUAGAAAUGGACGGAAAGAACCUUCCAAGUCUAUUCUGGAUGUUGGUGUAGAAGCAGCUAUAAAAUUCAGUGGAUUUGAUGAAAAGAUGUUCCUAAGAAGAGGAGGAAAGUAUGUGUGGAGUAAAGCCGAUAUGAAACUGGACUGGUGACUCAAUAUACUGAGUUAGGCAGUGCAUUCUGUAAAAAUAGGUGUAUAUUUAUAGGUGAGUGUAUACUUGUAUCCAAUGCUUUUAAAAACACUUGGUAUUUUACACAGCCUGAUAUUCAGUAUAACUCCCUAUAUUAGAAUAAUUUACUUUUUUUUAAAAUGCAGAUUACACUAUUAUUUUCUAGAGCAUGACCAAAUACUUUCAGAGCUUUCACAGGAACAGAUCUCUGAAAUAAACUUUCUAGUCCAUUGCACCAAGGACUUAAAGGAAAACUGUUUUUAUAAAAUACUACAUGAGUGUGCAUGCCAGAUAACAAACCAAAAAACACCCCAAUCACUCUAAACAGCUGUAAUGAUGGAGAAGUCAAGAUUCUUACCAGGAAAUGCAUUCUGCCUGUUUCCCAGGGAAAGAGGAAUUGCAAUUCCUGGGUAGAUCACUGGAGGGCCAGCUGGCAGGCCUCUGGAAGCACCCUCUGCUUUUUUCAGCGGUAAUAGAGGGUCAGAAUCUAGGUAUCAUUAAGUAAUAAUGUAUUUUAAAGGAAAAUAAGGUGAAAAACUGGCAAUUUUUAUUGUUUUAGACUUAAUUGUAACAGCAUCUUCUCCCUCUCCUCUGUAUACAUGCACAAGAUUUGCAAAAAAUGUUUGGGGAUGUAAUUUUCCGUGAAAACAUUUUUUGUCAUGAAAAUAUAUUGUAUCCAUUCCUAAAACCUAGAGGUACAUUUUACCUAAUGAUAAACAACAUUAUAUUUCAC